AUGGGAUCAAAAGGUUGCAGAAGACCGGACAGGCACCGGAAUGCCGGCCGGCGCCGGGGGAGCGUGGGGGUCCCCGGAUUUGGGGGGAAAUUUGUGGGGUUGGACCCCACGCAUCUGGGUUGGAUUCCAGGCGUGGGGUUCCUCAUGCUCAACCCCAGCUUUCUUUUUCAGUUCAGUCCUGUUUCAGCUGGUGGUAGCCCCAGACUCACAAUGAUGAUCACGAAAGCAGACAUUGACCAGCAUACAACCCGGCAGUCAUGCUGGGUCGCAAUCCACGGCUGUGUCUACGACGUGACGGACUUUCUAGGCUCCCAUCCCGGCGGCGCAAAAGUGAUUCUCCGUUGCGCAGGCAAAGAUGCCACCGCCGAUUUCGAUUCCGUCCACUCGCCAGAGGUGCUAACAGAGGCCCUCCCCAAAACCGCGUUGCUCGGAGAGUACGAUCCAGCCGAAUUGCAGGUCCAGGAGAACAAUCCCAGCUCAGCAAUGAAUGAAAAAUCAAAGGCGGCAGAUGACGGACCUCCUCCUCUGGCCACCCUAAUCAACCUGCACGACUUUGAGAAGGUUGCCCAGAAGUUUCUGCCAGCUACGGCAUGGGCAUACUACUCCUCAGGUGCCGAUGACGAGAUCGCGAAACGCAAUGCCGCUAAAGCAUACCAGAAAGUUGCACUCCGGCCUCGCAUCCUCCGCAACAUUCCGAGCGUGGAUACAUCAACCUCUAUCCUCGGCCAGAAAGUCUCUUUACCCGUCUACAUGUCAGCCUCGGGCUUGGCUAAGCUAGCACACCCGGACGGCGAAUGCGCGCUCGCUGCGGCGGCCGGACGGGAAGGAAUAGCCCAAGUCCUAGCCAACUCGUCCAGCAUGUCUGUCGAGCAGGUGACUAACGCUAAGACCAAUCCAAGCCAGCCACUCUUCAUGCAACUUUAUGUCAACAAAGAUAUCAAACUAUCCAUUGCCCUGGUAAAACGUGCCAUUAAGGCCGGUGUGAAGGGGAUAUGGAUCACUGUUGACUCGCCCGUGGUGGGGAAAAGAGAGAUGGAUGAGCGAUUGAACCUGGACGUCACCGCCCUCGACAGCGACGCGGUAGGGCAAGGCAUGGCGAAGAUCAUAGCUAGCUCCAUAUCCCCGUGGAUUGACUGGAGUAUUCUCAAGUGGAUUCGGCAAAUGACAGAUCUCCCUGUAGUGAUCAAGGGAAUUCAAUGUGUGGAGGACGCGGUCCUUGCCUAUGAGCAUGGCGUACAAGGCAUUGUACUAUCCAACCACGGUGGCCGCUCACAAGACACGGCCCAAGCACCGCUCUUGACACUGCUGGAGAUCCGCAAGUUUGCGCCGCACCUCUUGGAUGGUAAGAUGCAGAUUUUCAUCGAUGGCGGCAUUCGACGAGGUACGGACGUACUCAAGGCACUUGCGUUGGGCGCUACGGCCGUGGGGAUGGCCCGGCCGUUCCUGUUCAGUCUCUCGGCGGGCUACGGUGAAAAUGGCGCUCGGCGUGUAUUGGAAAUUCUCAGGCACGAGAUCGAGUCUAAUAUGAUCUUUUUGGGCGCUACUAAGAUAUCUGAGCUCCGGCCUGAGAUGUUGAAUACUGCGCGACUGGAGCGCGAUAUGAUCGGAAGUGUUAAACUGUAA